CUGAGACAAGGGGAGCGAGAAGCAGACAGCCAGGGCUGAGGGAGAGAGCAAUGCUGGCUACCCUCCACCUCCUUCUGACCCCCCCUCCCUGUUGGUGAGGGCAGCACAAAUACAACUUAAAGGAGGAGGCAUAAGAGGCUGCCCCAACCCCUAGGCAUGGCCAGCUCGGUGAGUAUAGGGGGAGGAACAAACCCUUUUCCUUAAUGCAGCCCUCUGCAGACCGGCUCAGCCUGCAGCCCCAGCACUGCCAUCCAUGUAUUACUGCUGCCAACACCAGCCUGGAUUCCUAGCAUUCGCUUUCCUACACUGCUAUCAUUGUGCGCCAUUCUUCUUCCCCCUGUGCCCUCGCCGCUAACAGCUGGCAGCUAGUAAGGGGCAUGCGCUGGAGGAGCCGAUCGGGAAGUAGAUGGGCAUGAUAUGGACCAGCAUCGCCAAGUGGGUUGAAAGCCUCCCAGCGAUCUCCCCGUGCAGCGCCCAUAGGAGGGGCAGUAUGAUCUGAGGGUAGGAGCCAGGUGUGGAUCGGCAGCACCUGGGGCAGCACAAUCAUGGACCUGGAUUAGAGCGGAGUGGAUCGGUACCGAGGACUGGAUCUUUCUGUAGAUUUUUUUUUCUUGUGGCACCUGGAUUAUCCUGGGACCGGGAGCGCUUUGGAUUGUAAUCAGGCACCUGCAGGAGGUGGAUCGGGAUCUGGAGUGAUCACAGUGGAUCUACAGGCAGCCCGGAGUUCCAGGAGCUGCUGCAGGAGGCGCCGCUAGCAUGUGUGCUGUACAAGUAAAGCUAGAACUGGGUCAUCGAGCCCAGGUUAGGAAGAAACCAACACUUGAGGGAUUCACCCACGAUUGGAUGGUAUUUGUCAGAGGCCCGGAGCACAGUAACAUUCAGCACUUUGUGGAGAAAGUUGUAUUUCACUUGCACGAAAGCUUUCCAAAACCGAAACGAGUGUGUAAAGAUCCUCCAUACAAAGUAGAAGAAUCUGGUUAUGCUGGUUUCAUUUUGCCAAUAGAAGUCUAUUUCAAAAAUAAGACCUGUGGAAUAAGACUGGAAAUCAAUCAGGAAGAGCCUAGGAAAGUUCGUUUUGAUUAUGAUCUUUUUCUGCACCUUGAAGGCCACCCCCCUGUAAACCAUCUACGCUGUGAAAAGCUUACCUUUAACAACCCCACUGAAGAGUUUAGGAGGAAACUGCUUAAAGCCGGAGGGAUCAUGGUUAUGUCCGAGGGGUCAUCCUUUUCUUCAGGCACCAGUCUUCAUCUCCCCAGCCUCCCUAGUAAUUCUUUAUCCUUCUCGGAUGUAAAAAAGAGCAAAUCAUCUCAUGGAUCCAAGGACCCAAGUAAACCAGUUAGCAUAAACAGCAACAGCAACUCAAUUAGCUUAUCUAAACCACACAAAUCUUCAAAGGAGCACAAGGAGAAAUCAUCAAAAGACUCAAAAGAACAUCGAAGUGCCUUCAAAGAACCAUCCAGGGAACAUAAUAAAUCUUCCAAAGAAUUGUCCAAAAAACCCAAAGAAAACAAACCACUGAAGGAUGAAAAAAUUGUUCCUAAAAUGGCCUUUAAGGAACCCAAACCCAUGUCAAAAGAGUCCAGGUGUGAGAACAAUAAUAUUCUUACAGUAUCUAGUGGGCAUCAACAGGAAAAGAAGGUUUCCAGUAAGAGGCCACCGCAUAUGGACUCAGAAGACCCAUUAACCAGGAAAAGGAGGAAAAGCAACUCUGAAUCUUCUCUUAAAGGUUUUUCUAAUUCUUCACUACUCAUAUUGUCCUCCUCAGACAAAAAGUCUUUAAAAGACAAAUCUCAGCCUAAAACGGGGAAAGUAAAAGUUGAAAGUGAAGUUGUCGAUAAGAAGAAGAUGUCGCUACCGCCUUUUGAAGACAUUGUAGACCCAAAUGAUACAGAUAUGGAGGAUAAUAUGUCAUCCAAAUCAGAGUCUGGACAGCCUAGCCCAGCCAGUUCUACUUCCAGUUCCAGUUCCAGCUUGGUACCACCUCAUAACCACAGACAAGGUUUCUUCAUGUCUUGUCCAGGCUCUCUGAGGUCCAUAAUGAAGGACCUAAAUUCUGAUGAGAACGAGGAUGAAUCUGACGAUGCGGAAGACAAUGAUUCUGAGAAUGAGAGGACUAUCCACAUGCAUGGAGGAAGCCGGGCUCGCAGAAUUAGCCUAAGUGAUGGAAGCAAUAGCGAAAGCAGUUCAGUUUCAUCACCAUUACGGAAUGAGCCUCCAACCUUGCUAAAAACUAACAGCAAUCAGAUCCUGGAAGUGAAAAGUCCAAUUAAACAAAGCAAGUCUGAAAAGCAAAUAAAAAAUGGAGACUGUGAUAAGGCGUAUCUAGAUGAAUUAGUUGAGCUUCACAGAAGAUUAAUGACUCUAAGAGAAAGACAUGUACUACAGCAGAUAGUGAACCUUAUAGAAGAAACUGGGCACUUCCACAUCACAAACACAACAUUUGACUUUGAUCUUUGUUCCCUUGACAAAACCACAGUCCGGAAAUUACAGAGUUACCUAGAAACGUCUGGAGUGUCCUGAGGGUAUGAUUAAGACCUUCCUACACAGACAGUUAAAAGACUGGAGUCAAUGCAACAAUUGAACUGAUUUUAAUUGUUCAAGAUAAAUUAACAAGAUCUGGAACCUCUAAAGAACAACGCAGAAAAUAAUAUUCCCUUGGAUGUUUCUUGUUGUUUCUUAUGCUCAGAAUGGGAUACUAUGAACCACAAUUAAAGAAGGAUUCUCCUUCACAUUAAAUAUACAUUUUUGGAGAUUAAACCUGGAAAGCCUUGAAAAAAGACAUGCACAACAUUACUUGUUUCAUGAACUGAGGUGUUCAGCAUGUGUUGCCAUGUGACGCAUUUGAGCACACACACUGCCUUACUACGUGACUGAUCUAUUUAUUACCGUCUAUCUAGGUUCCAAACAUCAGUGUGGGAAUGACACUACCAGAUGCUAGUAGGUCCAUUACGUACAUCCUAAAAUACAUGCUCCAUUUUUUGAGCAAGACUGCUGUCAGACACUCAAUGACUAAUCACCAGAACAUUUCUCUGCUCACACAGCAAAUACUAGGUUUCUAUUUCUACAGGUUUAAGAAAGGCUCACCACAUGUAGACCCAGAGGUGUGGACCAAGCUCAGUUUCACCAUCAUCCUUGCUUGAUUCCAUGACAUUGUUGUUAGGAACUUCUAUAAAUGCCCCAAAUGCAUUAUGUGACUUGUAGCCUUACUGGGUGAAUAGUUGGUUGUCCUGAUAAAAAUAGGCCUUGGGCUGAUCUGAGUCUUGCAAUGUUUGUCUGUUCAACUCAAUGUGCUUGUGUCUUUCUCAAUGUUUUUUCUCUCUCUGAUACUAAAACUGUUCUUUAGUUGAAUAUAUAUAUAUAUAUAUAUUCAUUAUAAUUCUGCACUAUGAACCUCUUUUCAAAAAGAUUCCUUGUUGAAAAUGGCCUUGUUGUGCCAUACACUUAUCUAAUGAUGUGGAAAAUUCUUCAUUUGGAACUAUUUAUUACAAAUCUUUACUGUCUUUGGCUGACAGUUACAUUAACUAUUGCUACCAUGGACAAAAUGGCAUUUGGUAUUUAGGUUUUUAUGUUCACCCAUUUGUUUAUGGUCACUAAUGUCAACUUUUUUCUAUUUGGAAAUUAAAUUUUCUUUUCAUAAAAAUAUAAAGUAAUUUGUAUUGGGAUCAAUUUUUUGGAGUGAUGUUGGGAUAACCCUUAUUUUGUUUACACAUAUAUAUAAUGCCUUUUUUUUUAAGGAAAUAUAUCAUUAUAUAUAUUAUUUUUAUUUUUUUUAUUUUGUUUUAGUUCCUAAAUGAAUUGCCUCAUUUUUCCCCAAAAUUACUUGCUUCUUUAAUAUUUUGUUUUAUUUAAUGGAAUUCUGCUUCUUUCGAAUAAAAAAAUGAAUUGAACUUUUGGGAUGUGCAGGAACUAAACAGAUGGGGCAUUUAUGAAACCUGUUGCACAGGUUGUGAUGACAUUUUUCAAAAAUCCCCCCCCCACACACACACACAAUCCAAAUCUCUGCUUAACAAUAUAGAAAAUUUUACAGAAUGUUGACACUGAGAUUUUUUUUUCAUUAUUGUGCUUGUACUUGAAGAGAAGAGUUACCAUCAUAACCCACUCUAGCUUUGCUACUGUGCUGUGAAUGGCAUUUUAGCAUAUUGUAAUUUGGAUUAAUAGUUUUUCAACUUGGAACUAAGAUCUAAAUCUUCCCAUCCCAGCUGGUACAUGAUGGAAGAGGGCUGUUGGGCAUGGUUUACAGCUACCAGCUUACUGUGCAUUCACAGUUUCACUAUUUGUACUAUUUUAUAGUGCCAUAUCAGCUGUGUUUCUUAAGUCAGGGUUUGCUAGAGCAUGGACUGCCGUCAACUUACUCUUUUCUGUAUAAACCACUGUAUUAUAAGUUACAGGAACAUUCCCAAACUUGCUGUUACACUGAAGAUGUGUAAGUCUUACUGCCAAAGAAUUGCAUCUAGUUAUUCCAUGAUUAUUCAUGCAGUUGCAAUCCUAAAGGACAGAAACUCCACUCAAUGCAUUAUGUGGGCUGUGUGUAUAUAUACUUAUGUACACUACCACAUGUAUACCUAUAGCUGCUGUUUGUAACACUGUCUCCAUCUGUGUCCAUUAACAGCCUGAGAACAUUCACAUACUUUCUAAUAUAUGAUCAAUGUAUUUUGUAAUUGUACAACACUGAAUGACAUAAUAUCUGCACUGGCGGUAUCCUGGCCUGACUAGAUGUGUAUACUAAGGAGAUGCAGUAUACUUACACAGUAGUCAGUAGACACCCGGCCUACAAUUAUAUUUCUACUGUUUUUGUGCUGCAGUCUUCUUAUUCCUUUAGAUCCGAAUACUUUAGGUAUGUGCCACAUUUUCAGUUUUUCAUGUGGUCAGUGUAUAACUGGUAUGGAUAUGUCUUACAUUGUAUUCCAGUAAGAUUAUUAUUUGUGUUUCUUUCAGCCCAAAGAGUUUUAUUUUUUAUUUUCUUUUAUUUUUUCUUGUAUGAUUUUAACAUGGGAGAAUUUCAGUUACUCCCCAAUGAACAAGUGUACUUUCCAGUAAUGUUAUGACUCUAUAGGAUGAUUGGCAUGAAGCAUACUUGAAACAGUUUGUUGUAUAGUCCACUUUUCAAUGUGCAAUUUAUAUCAAGGAACGCUUAAAACUUCAAAAUGACGCGUGUGUUGUGUUUGUUUUACUGUUACUUUUUUGACCUUUAUGAUAAAGUGUACAGAAUGAUUGAAACAAGCUAUCAUUUUAACUAAUUUCACCAUCUCCAUAUUACAUUGUCGAUAUUAAACCGUUGCA